CAUCUUUCAUUUUUCUUUCUAAUACAAGAACCCAGCUUCAGUUUCUUAAGGAGUUCCAAAAGAAGUAAAUAAAUCAGAAAAAGAAAAAAAAUGGCAGCCUCUCUUCUUGCUACCAUCCCUACAGCCAAUUUGGCUACUCCUUUUAUAACAUCUUCGGAAAGCAAAACCCAUCUCUUUUUAUGUCCACGGAAGAACCUUGCUUCAAGAAGAUUCACGAAGCUUACACCUUUACACGUGGCAGCCUCUCCAUCAUCAUCAUCAGCAGCAGAACGAGCUUCAGAUCAGAAACAAGAUGAAUUCAGGGUAGGGGAUGAAUUUGGUGAGGAGAGUUCAAAGUCUAAGUUCUCAUGGAAAGAUCAUUGGUACCCGGUUUCUUUGAUUGAAGAUUUGGACCCAUCUUUACCCACACCAUUUCAGCUUCUGGGUCGUGACUUGGUGCUUUGGUUUGAUAAAGGAACGAGCCAAUGGGUUGCUUUUGAUGAUAAAUGCCCCCAUAGGCUUGCCCCUUUGUCCGAAGGGAGGAUAGAUGAGAAUGGGGACUUGCAGUGUUCAUAUCAUGGAUGGUCUUUUGAUGGAUGUGGAUCUUGCACUAGGAUUCCUCAGGCUGCGUCUCAAGGUCCCGAAGCUCGUGCGAAUCGGUCUCCAAGAGCAUGUGCUACUAGGUUUCCUACAAUGGUUUCUCAAGGCUUGCUUUUUGUUUGGCCUGAUGAGAAUGGGCAGGAAAGAGCAAGUGCUACCAAUCCCCCCAUGUUGCCUGAUGACUUUAGCAGACCCGAAUUUGCGACUGUGAAUAUCCAACGUGAUCUGUUUUAUGGUUAUGAUACCCUCAUGGAGAACGUCUCCGAUCCUUCCCACAUCGAUUUUGCUCAUCACAAGGUUACUGGGAGGAGAGACAGAGCAAAGCCUUUGCCGUUUAAGGUGGAAUCUAGCGGCCCCUGGGGAUUUGGUGGAUCAAAUGAGGAUAACCCAAAGAUCAGUAGUAAGUUUGUUGCACCGUGCUAUUAUAUGAAUAAGAUAGAGAUAGACACGAAGCUUCCAAUAGUUGGUGAACAGAAAUGGAAGAUAUGGAUAUGUUCAUUCAAUGUACCAAUGGCUCCAGGGAAGACACGAUCAAUCGUUUGCAGUGCCCGAAACUUCUUCCAGUUUUCUGUGCCUGGGCCUGCCUGGUGGCAGCUGGUUCCGAGAUGGUUUGAACACUGGACAUCAAACGAAGUUUAUGAUGGAGACAUGAUUGUACUCCAAGGUCAAGAAAAGAUAUUUCUUUCAAAAUCAAUGGAGGGUUCCAAGGACAUCAAUCAGGAGUAUUCGAAGCUCACAUUUACACCGACACAAGCUGAUCGAUUCGUCUUGGAAUUCCGGAAAUGGCUAAGGCGUCACGGAAACAGUCAACCCGAAUGGCUCAACACCACCAUCCAACCUCUCCCGUCAACAGUAUUAUCAAAACGCCAGAUGCUUGAUAGAUUUGAGCAGCACACACUCAAGUGUUCAUCAUGCAAACAAGCUUACACGUCGUUCCAAACAUGGAAAAAGAUCUUAGUAGGUGCAACUGUUGCAUUCUCCGCAUCAGCCGGCGUCCCAUCAGAUUUGCAGUUUCGGGUUGUUUUAGCGGUGCUUGCAGUGAUUUCUGCAGGUUUGGCAUUUGCAUUACAUCAACUCGAAAAGAACUUCGUUUUUGUGGAUUACGUACAUGCUAAAAUAGAUUAGAGCAAGAGUGAACUGUAUUUUGCAGCAUUAAAUGUUCACCAAGAAAUCAAAACAAUGAGAAAUUUCCAGU